GUCACUGGAUGAGACGAUGAGUCACUGCGGCCGAUUGGCAGCAGUGGGACUGACGUACCAGUUUCAGUCAUGUUAAUAUUUGAAAGAUAUCCAAGUUGAAGUUCCAUUUUGUCGCGAAAACAACACGAGCAAAGGGAAUCUUGAACAUCAUUGUUGUCUUAGAGGUUUCUUCCUCUGACGUGCAAAGGGAAAGCUCGGACUCAUCAAAAGCAACGGCUCUGCGGUGUUGUGUAUGCUUGUUGUGAUGGGUUGUUGAACAUCAUGCCUUGGAGCCCACCUUGCAGUUUCCGACUGUUAGUCUCUUCUAAAGGUUGCUUUAAUUAAACGAGAACAGAGGUAGCAAUACGAGUAUAGCUUAUAAUACUGUACUCUUCAGGUAUCAACAAACAAGCAAACAAUGUUUCGUCUUUCCACGGCUCUGAUGGCCCUUUUGGCCUCCAGCACUGUCGCCUUUGCCCCCCACACUCCCGUAGUUUCCAGAAAAGCAGCCAGUGCUUCGACCGGGAUGAAGAGCAACCUGGUCAUGAAGGAUUUCCCCAAACCCAAUUUAGAAGACACGGACAACUAUCGCAACUACGAAAGGCUUUCGCAAUCCUUUGGAACUACCCUCAAAGCCGAUGGCGGCGAGAAGAAAAAGGUUGCCAUUAUCGGAGGUGGACUCUCAGGAUUGGCAUGUGCCAAGUACCUUUCCGAUGCUGGACAUGAACCCGUUGUCUACGAAGCUCGGGAUGUCCUGGGUGGAAAGGUUUCGGCGUGGCAAGAUGCCGAUGGCGAUUGGAUCGAAACUGGAUUGCACAUUUUCUUUGGAGCUUAUCCCAACAUGAUGAACAUGUUUGCCGAACUCGAUAUUCAUGAUCGAUUGCAGUGGAAGGUUCACAAGAUGAUCUUUGCUAUGCAACAACUCCCUGGAGAAUUCACAACCUUUGACUUUAUCCCAGGUAUUCCUGCUCCCUUCAAUUUUGGUCUCGCCAUUUUGAUGAACCAAAAGAUGUUGACAUUGCAGGAAAAGCUUCAGACGGCUCCUCCACUCUUGCCCAUGUUAAUUCAAGGUCAAGACUUUAUUGAUGCUCAGGAUGAACUUUCUGUCACACAAUUCAUGCGCAAAUACGGUAUGCCAGAACGAAUCAACGAAGAGGUCUUUAUUGCCAUGGCAAAGGCAUUGGAUUUCAUUGACCCCGACAAGCUCAGUAUGACGGUCGUCUUGACUGCCAUGAACCGAUUCCUCAACGAAGACAACGGAUUGCAAAUGGCUUUCUUGGACGGAAACCAACCGGACCGUCUCUGUGCUCCCAUGAAGGAACACAUCGAAGCCAGAGGUGGAAAGAUCGUCAUGAAUGCCCCCGUCAAGGAGAUUGUCACCAACGAGGAUGGAUCUAUCAAACACUUGGAAAUGAGGUCGGGUGAGAAAGUCGUCGCAGAUGAAUACGUAUCCGCCAUGCCCGUCGACAUUAUGCGUCGAUACGUGCCAGAAAAGUGGCAAAACAUGCCCUACUUUCGACAGUUUGAUGAACUGGAAGGAAUCCCUGUCAUCAACUUGCACAUGUGGUUCGAUCGCAAGCUCAAGGCCGUCGAUCACUUGUGCUUCUCACGAUCGCCUCUUCUCAGUGUUUACGCCGAUAUGAGUGUCACCUGCAAGGAAUAUGCCGAUGACGAUGCCAGUAUGCUCGAGUUGGUCUUUGCUCCCUGCUCGCCAUUGGCCGGUGGAAACGUCAACUGGAUCGCCAAGACUGACGAAGAAAUCAUUGAUGCUACCAUGGGAGAACUGGCUCGUUUGUUCCCUACCGAAAUUGCCGCGGAUCCCGAGUGGCCUGCCACCAAGGAUCAAGGUCCAAAUGGACAAGCCAAGCUUCGCAAGUACGCAGUCGUCAAGGUCCCACGAAGUGUCUACGCUGCCAUUCCAGGCCGUAACAAGUACCGUCCCAGUCAGAGAAGCCCCAUUGAUAACUUUACCUUGGCAGGAGACUGGACUUCUCAAAAGUAUCUGGGAUCCAUGGAAGGUGCUGUCUUUGGAGGUAAGUUGGCUGCAGAAGUUGUGGCGAAGAAGGCCAAGGGUAUGGAACUGCCUCCCGUCAAGGAGGUUCAGGCAGACAUUGUGGAAGCUGCCAAGGACUACAAGCCCAGGCCACCAGCGGGUGUCAAGGGCGAGGGUGCCAUUGCAUGGGGUGCCGGUGCACAAUUGACAACGAAGAACGAAAAACUUCUGCGAGAGGUUGACCCCAGCCAAUUCGUGGCAGCCUAAAUAAACAGUAUAAUAGGUUCUACUAUAACUAAAAGUAGCAGGCUAUUGAUUAUUC